CAUGUCACGCCCUACGUCCAGGAUGAAUGGAAUUUUUCCAGUGCCGCGUUCUCCACCGAGCCGCAACUUUCUCAACGAAAAUAAAAAGAGCUUGCGCUCGCUGGAGAAAUCUACAACUGAGAAGCUGGCAGCCAGGGAGCCAGUGCGUCCCAAAUGGAUGCCAGCCAUGCAGCGCGUGGAUUCCGAGGCAAGAGAAUCGAAGGCAGCCAACCGACCCCAGACCCCGGUAUCGGUGUCCACACAAAACACCCGCGAAAGCAGCCUGACGCGCAACCGUUUGAAUUCGUGUUCGCAUCACCAAUUGGGUGUGGGCGCCGCAGAGUCUGGCCAACGUAUUGGCCGCCCAGCUCAACGCAAUCCGGUGUACUAUGACCCCUCGGAGGUAGCAUCACAGUCCUCGGAAUGCUGCAAUUCUUGUGGCACACAGCGCAGCUGCACCAGCAUUGCCAUACAGACAGAGGACAUCUGCGAUGAACUCUACCUCACAAAUGCCCUAAAAAAAUGCAGUUCUGAUGGUGCAUCCGGGAUGGGUGAGCGUGAGUCCGCCAGUAGCUACAAUCGGUAUGAUUAUAGCGAAGACGAGGAUCUACAGUCACUUGGCACAUAUGGCAGACAGCACCAGCAAAGUCCCCUCAACAUGAAUGAUGAUCAGGAAAUGGAAUACUCACGCGACAGCUGUCAUCCUCGGUUUCUGGAGAAGGAUGCAAGUGAUCCGGAACAGGCACGUGUUGUCGAAUUGAACAGCGCACAGCAGCGCUAUGAUGGGCUCAUCAGCGAGUUAAAUCACAUGCCCAUCACCUCGCAGAGUCUGUGGGUGCGCAACCGCAAGGCAGAAAUUGACAAGGAGCUGGCCAUCGUGGAUGAGGAGAUUCGGAUCUACUCCAAGCCCAAGCUAUACAUUAACUCUAGCAAAAAUAAGUAA